AUGUCCUUUACAUCAUCACUAUUCGGAAAAGUAUUUAAAACGAAGAUUUUUUCAUCCUCUUCAUUUCUCAACACGAGUCAGAAAAUCCAUCAUGGAAAACGAGUAUUCAUGAUUGGGAGUACUCUCGCUUUAGCAACAGGCUUGUAUGGAAUUUUUCAUCAUGAUCAAGAUCAAUCAACGAAGCUUGAUGGGUCUUCAAACCAAGAUGAUCAUUUCAAGAAUUGGAUUGGAAGCAGUCCAUUGCAAGCCGAAGAUUUGUAUCAAUUCUAUUUUGGAGAUAUUCAAUCGGAGGAUGAAUUGGAAUUGAUUAAAGUUCAAAUUAUUAAUCGCCACGGAGCAAGAACACCUAUCAAUGCUAUUCCGAGUUUUAUUGACAGUAAGCCAUGGGAAUGUUUACCGUAUGACUCCAAAGUGGUUUUGAUUGGCGAUAAUCAUGCACAUUUCAAGGCUGUUAUGGAAACAGACGAUGGAUUAGAAUUGUAUGGAAAUUGCAUGAAAGGUCAGCUCACAGCAAAAGGUUCUUUGCAAAUGGUUGAAGUUGGAAAAUCUUUGAGAGAUCAGUAUUUGGAAAAAUUGUUUGGAAAUUUAUCAGUUGAUGAAAUUGUUAAAUUAAUGUAUGUUAGAUCGAGUGAUAUUAGAAGUAGAAGAACAGAAUACUCUGCCAUGUAUUUAUUAUUGGGCCUGUUAGGAGAGAAUGCGAAAGAAUACCCAACCAUACACAUGUUUGAAGAAUCUAGAGAGACAUUGUAUGGCCACUUUAAAGUUUGUGCCAAGUUAGGGUCCAUUAUUUCGAAACGACUUAAAACGUUGGGAGAGGAGACUGAAAAGGAUCCAAGACUCCUUGAAAUUAAGGAUAAAUUACUUGAUUUGUUGGAAGCUAAUUCUGCUCAGCCACAACCUGCCCAAUCACAAACAUCAGAAAUUCAUGACAAGGGUUUACUUGAAGCAAAACGUGUGAAUAAUGCAAAAGAUUUGCAACAAUGGGAAUCCAUCAACAAUGCCUUCCUUGGUAUGCUUUUUCAUGGUCACGAGUUACCAAAAGGCAUUACUCUUCAAGAUGUGGAGUAUGUUUCACAACAUGUUGGAAAAAGCGGAUCUUUUUUAUUUUCGGCACAAGAUGACGUUCUUAAAAUGAAUGUCGGCAUGCUUUUGAGGCAUUUGGUGACAAGUAUGAAAAAGAGUGGCAACAAGCAUUUACAAAAAGAGUUGGAUCAAAGAAAAAUGGAAGUUUACCUUGCGCAUGAUACCACCAUUAUGCCACUAUUACUUGCCUUGAAUAUGUACAAUGAUGAGUGGCCAGCUUUUGCAGCCACAUUAGCUUUUGAACUCUAUGCUACCAAGAAAAAUCCUUCAAAACAGUUUGUGAAAAUUGUGUACAACAACCAGACACUGUUUUUGAAACCAGAGCAACAGGAACAAUUUGUUCAAGAUUCAAAGACUGGUUUAAUUCCACUCGAAAAGUUUAUGGAAAUGACCAAACCUUAUGAAAUUUCUCGUCACGAAUGGACUGAAAUCUGCAAAUUAAAUCGACCAAGAAAUUAA